UGGCGGUGAUGUUUUGAAACGGAGCAGCAGCAGCAGUUUAGUCGGUUGGUGAGAGUUGAGAUGUAGAAGAUAACUAAUAAUAAUAAUAAUAACUAGUUAGUAAUGAUGUUGAGUUUAGAGCAGGUGUGUAGAUGCUGUGUGGUUGUAGUUGUGUUGGUGAGGUUGUGUGUAGUUAGUGCUGAUGUGAAGGUUUUGGUGAAUGUUGAUGAACCUGUGAGGAACCUCAAUCACUUCUGGAGGAGCACCGGCUUCUGCCCACCUCAGCCCCACUCUCUAUCUCACCUGUAUGACCUGAGUAAGGACCAGCAGCUGAACCUGGCUCUGAUCGGGUCAGUACCACACUCGGGUCUGCAGCAGGUCCGGAUCCACUGGAUGCUUGAGCUGGUUUCUGCACAGAUAAUAAACGGAGAACAUCACUACAACUUCACCUACCUGGAUGAGCUGAUAGAUCUGCUGUGGCAGAACAACCUCCAGCCUGGGUUCGAGCUGAUGGGCAGCGUCUCAAACGCCUUCAGUGAUUUCGAGGAUAAAAAUCAGGUGUUGGAGUGGAGGAGACUCGUUUAUCUCAUCGCCUCGAGAUACAUCGAGAAGUACGGCCUGGACGUCGUCUCACAGUGGAACUUUGAGACGUGGAACGAGCCGAACAAUCACGACUUCGAUAACAUCACCAUGACGAUCCAGGGGUUCCUGAACUACUACGACGCGUGUUUGGAGGGUCUGCAUGCGGCGAGUGUGUCCCUGAGGUUCGGUGGUCCGGGGGACUCGUGUCACACCCCUCCGCACUCCCCCUACUGCUGGGCUCUACUGCAGCACUGCUACAACACACACCUGAACACACCCGGCCUCCACUACAUCGCCCUGCACAAGAAGGGUGGAGGAGCUACGUUACCCAUCCUGCAGCAGCUGAAGGAGACGGUGUCUGAGAUCCAGCGGCGGUUUCCUCUCUACCGUUCUCUCCCCGUCUAUAACGACGAGGCCGAUCCGCUGGUCAGCUGGAACAAGCCGCUGGACUGGCGCGCUGACGUCACCUACGCUGCCAUGGUCGUCAAGGUGAUCUCUCAGCAUCAGGACCUGCUCAUCGCCGACGUGAACAACACCGUCAAUUUCACGCUGCUUAGCAACGACAACGCCUUCCUGAGUUACCACCCUCACCAGUUUACCCAGCGCACGCUCACCGCCCGCUUCCAGAUCAACAACACCCGCCCGGCACACGUCCAGCUCAUACGCAAACCCGUCCUCACCGCCAUGGGCCUGCUCGCCAUGCUAGGUGAGCAGCAGGUGCAGGUCUCCAUGGUGACCGGGGACCACCGGGACGAGAGUUCAGUGGGUGUGCUGGCGAGUGUUCACACACCGAGACUCACACACGCUCACACACACUCGGCCGACAGCUGGCAGAGCGCCGUCAUCCUGUACAACUGUAGAGACAACGUCACCACCAACCACACAGAGACCGUCGACCUGACCAUCACCGGAGUACCAACACACACCGAGGUGCUGUACGUCACACACUACAUGGAUAACAGUGUCACGAACCCCUAUAACGUGUGGAGACUGAUGGGGAGCCCAGAUUAUCCCUCACUGCAGCAGCUCAUUCAGCUCCGGAACCAGGAGGACACUUUGAUGGAGGGUCCCGUCCCAUUUCCUGCUCAGGGGGGUCUGACUCUGAGAUUGAAGCUCCCUGUCCCCUCCAUACUGCUCAUCCACCUGUGUGCUCGACCCACACACACUCCUGGACAGGUGAAGGAUCUACGUUUCGUCUCCAUCACUAAAGGCCAGGUUCUGAUCGUCUGGAAGGAUCUCCACGUCUCCACCAGGUGUGUGCAGAUGUACGAGGUGGAGUUCUCCAGGGAUGGAGUCACGUAUCAGAGGAUCAACAGCAGGAGCAGCAUGUUCACCUCUCACACCUUCUCACCAGAGAACCUGGAGGUGUGUGGAUGGUACCGAGUGAGAGCGCUGGAUUACUGGGGGAGAGCUGGAGAGUUUUCACCUGCUGUGGAGUACACUGAGCUCUGCUGACACACACACACACACACACACACACACACACACACAGCUCUGCUGACACACACACACACACACACACACUGAGCUCUGCUGACACACACACACACACACACACACACACACACACACACACACACACACACACACACACACAGAGCUCUGCUGACACACACACACACACACACACAUAAAAUCCCAGUUCCAAAAAGUCUGGACAGCAGGAAGAGUGACCCUCUGUGUGACCUCAGCUCGAAUAGCCGCUCUCCUGAGAAGCUUCUCACAAGACUUUGGAGUGUGUCUGUGGGAAUUUGUGCCUGUUCAGUUAGAAGAUGGCAGAAUUUGUAUGGCUGGACACUGAUUGAUCAGUUGGUGUUCCGCUUCAUCCCAGAGCUGUUGAUAUAGAGGAUAAAGAUCAGAGCUCUGCUCCUGCUCGUGCUGUAUCUCAGACCCUGCAGCACCAGGACGCGUUUGCAUGACUGAUCAGAACUGAUAUCGAUAUAAAUAAAUGAGAGACCAGUC